AUGCCAGAGCCAGCCCUGCUGCCAUGGAAGGACGUGCUGCACGACAGGAGCAGCUCUUCCUCCUCUGAGGAUCCGAAGGCUCUGAGGAAGCAGCUCAGGAGGUGGCAAUGGGAGGACACGGCCACUCGGGCACCUUGCCAGGGCUGCACACACCCGUGUCCCGAGUGUCCCUGCUCCUCGGGCUCCCGGGACUCCCAGAUCAGCCUCUUCCAGCAGCGGGAGGGCAGAGCUGCCCACGCAGGCGGGCUGGGCACGGCGAUGUGCCGUCUGUCGUGUCUGCCGCAGCUCUUCCGCUUUCUCCCUCCAACCAGUUGGACCAGUGGGCCAGGACUGGUGCCCAGCCUCGCUGCAGUGUCACCAGGAGACGAGGGGACAGGCAGGACGUGCCAGGCUCCAGCACAGACAGGGCUCUGCAGCAGCAGCCUCCAGCCCGGGAUAACCGGGGGCAGCUCCCGUGGCACAACAGCGGGACAUGGACCCCCGGACAGGGCCCGACUUUGUCUUCAACCUCUACCACUCACGUGGGCUGGGGUCGGUGGCACUGGAGCUGGUGCCACCAUUCAGCAUCAGUGGCUCACUGGGAACUUCCGGCUACGAGCCCUUCCACAACCAGGGGCCAUGAGGUGA